AUGGCAGAUAGACCAGAGUCAAAUAGUUCAGCGGCCAUCUCAUACCGAAAUGUGAACCAACCAUGUAGUAAUCUGCAAUUCUUGAACAUAAUUUUCCCUCUCAAUUGGAAUCCUCUAAUAAAAUGUCAAUACAAUCACUCAUUUUUGUGGUGCUUGUUUUUCUUCUUCUUAUCAUCAUCAUCAUCAUUAUUUACUGUAGCGGCACCUGGCAAUGCUCUAAUUACUCAUCUUCCUGGUUUUAAUGGCAAUUUUCCUUCUAAACACUACUCUGGAUAUGUGAAAAUAGAUGAGAAGAGCUUAUUCUACUACUUUGUGGUUUCUGAAAGAAACCCAAAUGAAGAUCCUGUGGUUCUUUGGCUCAAUGGAGGUCCUGCCUGUUCUAGUUUCGAUGGAUUUGUUUAUGAACAUGGUCCAUUCAAUUUUGAGAAACCCAAGACUUGUGGAAGUCUUCCAAAACUUCAACUUAAUCCAUACAGUUGGUCAAACGUUUUAAACAUUACAUAUUUGGAUUCUCCAGCAGGUGUUGGAUUGUCAUACAAAACUGGAGACCUACGGACUUCGCUGGAGACGCACACCUUUCUUCUCAAGUGGUUCGAGCAAUACCCAGAGUUCCUAGCAAACCCAUUUUACAUUUCUGGAGAGUCCUGUUCUGGGAUAUAUGUGCCUACUCUGGCUUCUGAAGUUGUCAAAGGUCUUGAAGCCGGUGUAAAGCCUGUACUCAACUUCAAGGGUCACAUAAUAGGAAAUGGGGUAACUGACGGGGAAUUCGAUGGAAAUUCUUUUGUGCCAUUUGCUCAUGGUCAGGAGUUAGAAGUUAGUAACUCUUCCGAAGGCAUAAAGGGUACUAGAAAUGAUGAUGAAGUGGCAAAUGCGUGGCUGAACAAUGAGGCUGUGAGGAAAGCACUUCAUCUAGAAAACCUUAUUUGGGAGAUUUGCACAGAUAAGAUCCUCUACAAUCAUGAUUUGGGAAGCAUGAUUAAAUAUCACAGGAACCUUACGGCCUGGGGAUAUAGAGCACUUAUAUUCAGUGGUGAUCAUGAUAUGUGUGUACCAUAUAUCGGGAGUGAAAAAUGGACGAGGUCGCUUGGAUAUAAAAUCAUAGACGAAUGCCUGUCUUUCGCAAUGUACCUUCAAGGCUAUGACAAUAAUCUCACUUUCCUCACUAUAAAGUUCCCCGAGUACAAGCCAAAGGAAGCAUUGGCCUUUUAUAGCCGUUGGUUGGCUGGAGAAAAGAUACGAAACAAGUUUUUAUGGAUCACCUUUCUCUGCCCAUAUGUAAGAUGAUAAAAUUGCAGUGAAAACUUAAUUUGUAUCCAAUUUGUGUCGCAGCUUUAGUAUUUGAGUUAUGGACUCAGAUCAAAGAAAAUACAACACUGGCUCUGGUCUUGGAUUAACAGUUGCAGUGUAUUUGCACAAAACCACUGGACUAGUGUGUGCACGUCCGAAUUUUCGCAUACAUCGAAUUCCUGGCCCAAAACAUGAUUAAAACUCGAAAAGAAUACAAAACCAAAAUUAAGACAUCGCCUUUGUUACACCAGAAACCUGCAGCCCUCGCCAUUUUCCGGCCUGCAUUUUCCCCGGCAGCAGUCUUAGCCGUGCUUCUAAAAUGCUGUCCCUCAGCUUUUACUCCCAAAAUUUUCCUUCCAUUGGUGUCAACCAGCUACCAGCAGUUCAUGGUUUUGGUGAUGGACCUGCCGCUCCCAAAAGGAUUACACCUAACGAUGGAAAAGUUUAGGAGGAAAAGUUGGGGGACACCAAGUAAAACCGGUAGUUGUUUCCACUUUCUCGGAGCUCAAUUUCUUUUUUUGCUCACCAUAAAUAAACUAAAUAACAAUAUAAAAAGAAACUAUUAAAUAAAUAAAUAAAAUUGUUUCUAUGUGGUGAAGGAAAGUCCAGCAGGGGCGACCUGAGAACACAUGAACAUUCACCAAAACAACAAACAGCGAGUGUCUCUGAUAUUGGUUUUCUCAUGUGAUCUCAGGAUGCUCCUGUUGAUCUUCCUCACAUCUCUUCUUGCUUGCUUCUUCUUGUUAACUUGUAAUCUCUCUUCUUCUUUCAAUUUCAAGAACUAUUGAAGAUGUUGUAAUGAUUCAUGAUUGGACUCAGAGCUAUUUAAGGUCAAACUCGUUCUAAUGUACUUUUCUCAUAUAAUGUACUACUACAUAAUCUGUAGUACCAUUUGAGGGAAGUAAAGAUUUCUCACACAGUCAAUGUAAGUACAGAGCUGUACUACUUUUCAACCCCCAUUGUACUACUUCAUUGGUUGAGUU